AUGCUGCACGACUACUUUGAAGGUCGGCAGCUGGCCGAGUGCCCGUCGAACAGCAGCGACCUGCCUGUGGGCGGCUGGCUGCACUACCCCGGCAGCUUCAGCAUCUUUGUGACCACGGCCAUCACGGCGCUCGUCUUUAGCAUAGUCACGAUGGUCAAGUUCAACAGUGUCCGCGUCUUCAACAGGCGCAUUCGCACGGACAACAUUUCCAACAAUUUCUGGGUCGCUUACUUUUUGGCAAUGACGGCAAGGUGCGACAAACGGGCUGUCGAUGCUGCUCGGUAUGCCAAUUUCGACGACGAAACCACCCUGGAUGCUGGCUUGUUCAUCUCCAACGUCGUUCUGCACGGCGUUGUCAGCUUGUUGUUGGGCCUUGCUCUCAACCACCAGUUCAAGCAUCGAUCUGCCACUCCUCCUCAGGUCGCCGCAAGCGCCACCAACAAACUGCCGGAAGUCAAUUCGACUCUUGCUCGUGUGAAAGACACUGUCGUUCGCACCGAAACAUGCUAUUACGCUGCCUUUCUUGGCUAUCUCAUUACUACGCUGAUGAUGACGAUCUACCCCGACAGCAAGGUCUGCUUUUGGGUCUAUGUCGUGUUUAUGUGGGCCCAGCGAUUGUUGAUAUGGGGCACCACCAUCAGGAUUAUCUCCAAGCCGACUUUGAAUGUUGAGGGUCCGUCUCCCCGCUCCAAGAUUUACCUUGCAGUGGCCGGCAUCCUGAACGUGCUGCACGACGAGCCCGCGACGCUUUUGCAAGCAGUGCUGCCGGUCUCGUGCCCGUUCUACGUUUUCUCAGGCGUGGACUUUGUCCUCUUGCUCGCCCUCCCCUCGCUUGCCUUGUUCUUUGCCUUCCUCAAGACAGAGUACGAGCGCAACAUGGAGGAGUGCAUUUGGACGACCGUCAGUCAGAUUCAAGACACAUUUGAUUACCGGAGGUUUUGA